AUGAAAUCCUGUAAGGAAUCGCGUUUGCGAAUUUUUUCUUCUUACAAUGAUGCAUUGGAGUAUUCCAACAGCUUUAUUGGCUCUUCAUUCCCCGAGGUACUCUUUAAAUGUUUUAUUGCUAUCAAGCCUAAAAAUAAAGGAGAAUAUUGUCCUUUUCGUAAUAUAAAGCAGGCAGAAUACUGCAAAUUUAGAACUGCUAUUGAACGGGGCGAUAUUGCUUUUAUAUCUAAUUGCAUCCUCUCAAACCCUUUGUGGCUUGUUACUUCUAGUGAUUCUCCAACACUCCUUCAACUGCGCUUGCGCUACAAUGCCUUGCAUAUAGCUGCCGCUGCCGGGCGUAGUGAAAUGAUAAGUCUCUUUCUUCAGUAUCUUGACUCCGUCGAUAUUUGGCAAGCCCUUUAUCCGUUUUCUGAUAUUGAAAAUUGUCUUUCUCGCCAAAAAAGGGUGUUAGACUUUUACCUGAAUAGUCCGGAAACUGGUGUACGUUUGUUUUUAUCUUUGGAACGUAACCUUUGGCGUAAAUGUAGUUUGCUCGAUAGAAAAAACUUAGAGACUCCUCUCCACUUUGCAAGCAAGUUUUGUCGCCCUGGUUGUGUGCGUGCCCUUCUUAGUCAUCCGUUAACGAUUCCAACCAUACGCAAUAGAGGCGGUUUUACUCCUCGUGAAGUGGCUGCAACUCGCUGGUCACGAAAAUUAAUGGGUGAUGAUACAAUCUCAUUUGGCAAUUCAGGCAAUCAAUUAACCGAGGCUAAAUGCGCUGAAAUUAUCCUCCAGAUCUUUGACGAGCGGUAA